GUAUAAAUUCCAACAACAACAGUAUUUUUAUUUUCUGUUGUAUUCUGAUGUACUAUAUUUUUUGGGUAUUAAUAUUUUAGUUACUUGAUUGAAUUCAUAUUAUAUAAGCUUAAGGUAGCUCAUAUAAUAAUAAUUCAGUCAAGUGAGGAUGUGGUAGGUGUUGGACUACUGAUCAGGUAGGUUGUGAGUUCAAAUCCCAGGGCCACCAAGAUACUAAUCCUGGGCCCCUGAGCAAGGCUCUGUGUUUUUCAGUAGUUAAUUAUGACUUUGGAUUGAAUUAAAUAUGGUAAGUCAUUACUUAUUACUGAAAUGUUAGUGUUUUUUUUUCUUAAAAUUAAUACUAUUGACACUAAGACUUUGACCUGGAUUGGCUAAAUAAAACACAUUGACAUAUUGAUAUGAUAUUUUCUUAUGAAAAUCACACACUUCUGCAGAUCGCCCUGCAUGGAAAGCCUUCAGAUCACCUCAGGUUUACUAUAGAUGGUACCACAAAGACAAAUUAACGAUGGUGCACAGGAGGGAGGUUGAGGUGUCUGAAUAAAGAGGAUGAGAAGAAUAUGUUCGUUCAGUUGGCAUUACAAGGCUUCAUGUGAAUGAUAAUGUUCAAUGAAGAGGAAAUACUGUUUUAAGACUUUCCUUGAAGACAGGAAUCGCUUAAAACCAUUUAAUACAGUUCUCCAUCAUUCAACAGUCGAUAUCCCAAUAUCAUUUAAACACACUUGGCACUGUGUUUAAAAUUGAAUAGAAGAGAAUUAACUCAGUGUCGACCUUCAUACUGUCUGGAAGCAGAAACAGUUUAGCAAACCAAGUGACCAACUUUUAUAUGUGUCUUGGAAGUUAAGCUGUGGACCACAUUGUAGGCCACAAUAUCUCUUGAGAAUGGUAGUUGGAUCACAGUUCUGACAUUGACACGACAUGCACAAGAAUGACAUGCAAUUUUGCAAUCAAUGAACUCUUCAAUAUGAAAGAAAAUUUCCAAUAUCCAAACAAGCCAAGAGUAAGCCCUGGAUGCAAACUCUAAAGUGUUAAUUGUUCUCAUUUGUUCCUGUUUAGUUCCUGUAUAGUCACCUAUAUUUAUGGAACAUUAUUAUAAAGUGUACCUACCUAUAAAUUAGUACCUGCAUAGUCACUGCAGUUUGUUUUGAUACUUAAUUACAUCCUUUUAGAAGGACAAACAAAAUGGUGUGCUUGAACCUUUGUAUUUAAUUUAUUAUUUGUAUUGUUCCAUUCCAAAUGGUUACUAGAGUAUACACUCACCAUCUUUUUUGUGUUUCUUAUUCUCCAUCACAACAGAAUGGACUGUGACUAUUUUCACAGCAGUAAAGGAAGCAGACGCUAUGAAGAUGAUGAUACCCAGUCUGUUUACGUUGGUGUUCCAGUGUCCAGAGGUUAUAGAAAGAAACGGCGCCAACGCAGACACACAUCACGGCAUGACCAUGGGAGUCAUGAAAGACAUCAUCAGGAGUGCAACGAACAAGUGGAACAGUAUGAUCCUUGCAAUGAUGGGUAUGGCUCAAAUGAACAGCUUUCCGAUGCCAACUCUUACAUGUCACCAGCUGCAGAGAGACUGCGCUGCAUCCUUGGAGAGGAUGAUGAGUCCACACCAACACUUUUCACAGAGAUGGACACACUGCACCAUGAAGGUGGAGAACUAGAGUGGAAAGAAUCAGCAAGGUGGGUGAAAUUUGAAGAGAAAGUGGAGGAGGGGGGAGAACGAUGGAGCAAGCCCCAUGUUUCCACACUGUCACUGCACAGUCUCUUUGAGCUGCGAACAUGUUUACAGACUGGUAGCAUCCUUUUGGACCUGGAGGGUUACUCUCUGCCUCAAAUAGUCGAUGACAUAGUGGACAGGCAUGUACAGGAUGGCCUGAUAGACUCUGAGCUCAAAGAGAAGAUCAGUUUCAUUUUGCUGAGAAAGCAUCGACACCAGACCAAGAAGCCCAUCCAUCGUUCACUGGCUGACAUCAGAAAGCCCAGUCCUUCAAGUAAAGAUCAUGUUCAGAGUCGUAGUAUGAAUGAUAUCUCAGUUACACCAAGUUCUGACCAGCUCAAGAACAAGUUUAUGAAGAAAAUCCCUAGAGAUGCUGAAGCAUCCAAUGUUUUGAUUGGAGAGGUGGACUUUCUGGACAAGCCUUUUGUGGCCUUUGUCCGUCUUGCUCAAGCCACAACAUUAGGUGGACUGACUGAAGUCCCUGUACCAACCAGAUUCCUCUUCAUUUUGCUUGGCCCUCAUGGCAAAGUUAAAUCCUACACUGAAAUUGGCCGUGCCAUUGCCACACUCAUGGUUGAUGAUCUCUUCAGCAGUGUGGCCUAUAAGGCCAAACACCGUGAUGACUUGAUUGCAGGACUUGAUGAGUUUUUGAAUGAGGUGACAGUUCUCCCACCAGGAGAGUGGGACCCAAAGAUUCGUAUUGAACCACCAAAAAAAGUUCCUUCAGCAGAGAUGAGAAAGUCAGUGUUUUCACUAAAUGAGCUGGGACAAGCAAAUGGAACUGCAGGUGGAGGAGGAAUAGCUGAUGAUGAUGAAGAGUUGCCUGCCCCUCAUGAGAUGGGAGAGGAACUGGCCUUCACUGGGAGAUUUUGUGGAGGUCUUUGGCUUGACAUCAAACGGAAAGUACCAUGGCUGCUGAGUGACUUUUGUGAGGGCUUUCACAUCCAGUCUAUCUCAGCUGUACUCUUCAUAUACUUGGGAUGCAUCACUAAUGCCAUCACAUUUGGAGGCCUCUUAGGAGACGCCACCGACAACUACCAAGGUGUGAUGGAGAGCUUUCUUGGCACAGCUCUAGCAGGAACAGUUUUCUGUUUUUUUGGUGGCCAACCCCUCAUUAUCCUGAGUUCAACAGGACCUAUACUGGUCUUUGAGAAGCUGCUGUAUGAAUUUUGCAAGACUAAUGACAUCGACUACAUGGAUUUGCGCUUGUGGAUUGGACUGCACUCCUGCCUUCAGUGUCUUAUCCUGGUGGCCUCCGACGCUAGCUACAUCAUCAAGUACAUAACACGUUUCACUGAAGAGGGCUUCUCCAGCCUCAUCUCCUUUAUCUUUGUCUCUGAUGCUAUAAAGAAGAUGGUGGGGACCUUUCAGUACUACCCUAUUAACACAAACUUCAAGCCUGACUACAUCACUAGCUACAAGUGUGAAUGUAUGCCUCCAGAUCAAGGUGAUUCAAUGGAUUUCAAUUCGUCUGCUCUACUUGGACCAGACAACUUUACCGAUUACUCUUUGUACAACUUCACUGUUCUUGACUGGAGUCAGCUGAACAAAAACGAGUGUCUAAAGUAUGGUGGAUCUCUGGUAGGCAAAUCCUGCAAGUAUGUUCCUGACCUGGCCCUCAUGUGCUUCGUCCUGUUUUUCGGCACCUAUUCCAUGACCAUUUCACUCAAGAAGUUUAAGUUCAGCCGCUACUUCCCCACCAAGUGGCGUACGUUGAUUGCAGAUUUUGCCAUUAUUAUAUCCAUUCUGGUCUUCUGUGCCCUGGAUUACCUGAUGUCCCUCGAGACCCCCAAACUGCAUGUGCCUACUGAGAUCAAGCUUCGGAAACUCUUCAGUGAUUUUGCCAUCUUCACAUCAAUCAUGACUUUUGUUGGCCUUGAUAUUUUAAUGGGGCUUGAAACACCUAAACUUAUUGUUCCCACAGAGUUUAAGCCCACUCGGUCAGACCGUGCUUGGAUGGUCAUCCCUUCUGGGAAGAACCCCUGGUGGAUGUAUUUGGCUAGUUUUGUACCUGCUCUUCUUGUUACAAUCCUUAUUUUUAUGGAUCAGCAGAUAACUGCUGUUAUCGUCAAUCGCAAGGAGAACAAACUUAGGAAAGGAUGUGGCUACCAUUUAGACAUGUUUUGGGUUGGAAUCCUCAUGGCCGUCUGCUCUUUCCUGUGCUUACCAUGGUAUGUAGCAGCUACAGUCAUCUCCAUUGCCCACAUAGAUUCCCUUAAGAUGGAGAGUGAGUGCAGUGCUCCAGGUGAGCAGCCACAGUUCCUAGGAGUGCGAGAGCAAAGGCUUACAGGUAUCCUGGUUUUUGUGCUCACUGGAGUGUCUAUUUUCUUGGCUCCCAUACUGCAGUAUAUUCCCAUGCCAGUACUUUAUGGUGUGUUCCUGUACAUGGGUGUAGCCUCUCUCAGUGGCAUUCAGUUUUGGGAGAGGAUCAAGCUCAUCCUGAUGCCCGCCAAGCACCAGCCGGACUUUGUUUUCCUCCGCCAUGUACCUUUGCGCCGGGUGCAUCUUUUCACCUUAGUUCAGAUUACUUGUCUGGCUGUACUCUGGAUCCUCAAGUCUACUGUUGCAGCUAUUAUUUUUCCUGUCAUGAUCCUGGGACUGAUGGUAGUGAGAAAGAUGCUUGACCUUGUCUUCUCCCAGCAUGACCUGGCCUGGCUGGAUGACAUCCUCCCUGAGAAGGACAAGAAAAAAAAGGAUGAUGAGAAAAAGAAGAAAGAGAGAAAGAAAGCCAAAUGCAGAGAUCAUGACAGUGAUGAAGAGUUGAAAUGUCCAAGUGAUAGCCUUCCCUCAGUGAAGAUACCAAAGGAGUGUCCAUCAUCCUCCCCUGAUCCUCCUCACACACCCUCCUGACACACACCUUGCUGUAUCAACCUCACAUGAAGAUCUCCUGCCCUCCGUCUCCAGCUCAGCCUGCACUCCCUUCUACCACUGUCCUAUGUUUAUGGAGCCAAAUUACAAGGGGACCGAGUUCUAUCAGUAACAGUCUGAUACUGGCAGUGAGACCACAUUGUGGUGAAAUAAGAAUCUUUUUGCUGUUUGGGUGAAAAAUGUUUAUGUAACCUAAAACUUCAUGUCCUUUGCUAUAGUAUGUCUAAUGAAUUUAAAAUUAUUUUCAUCCAUACUGAACAUGACAACUGCUUAGGUUAGAUAGCAGCAGCCUUUAAAUCACAUAACUUUAAAAUUCUCUGCAAGUAGAAUAAAUACUACAUAGCACAAUAAUCUGCCAUAUUUUAAAUAAAAUUCACCCUCAGUCUUUUGUGUUGCUUUGUGUGUAAUAAAACCAUGUGACUGAAACAUCCAAAAAUAAUAUACUUCUUUAGAAUACCCUGGAUCUAAUUAAAAAGUUACUGUAAGCACUAAAAAUAACUAUAGAACAAAUGUUGAUUUAAAAUCUGUUAUUGGAGUUUAAUAGGAUUUAAAAUCAACUGAUGUAUUACAACAUUAACUAAUGUUUAAAAUUGUUAAUUAUAGUUAGUUGUUUAUAGUAGUUUCUCUGUUUGAAUGAAUCUACUAUUUGUGAGUAUGCAGUCGGUUUGAUAAGUCCU